GGGUCUGGAUUUGCGUUUUGGAACAUCCCAGGGGGAUCUGCUUCUGCCUGGGAGGACAGAGAACCUUCCCCAGGGAGGGGGUGACGUUCCGGGAGUGCCCCUGACCCCUGCAAGGAUCACCCUCUGCUUCCAGGAGCUGGGUUCGGAGAAGAUUAGAUGAGAUAAUACAUGCCAAGAACCCAGCGCAGACAGACUCACAGACACCAGACCUUACUACCCUGUGGUAAGAGGUCAGAGGCUGGGGGGAGAGCGAGAGGAAAGCCUUCCUGGGAGGUCCUGCUGGGACCAGAGAGCAUCACUGAGAGACUGCAGUGAGCCCUGCGGAGAGAUUUGAAUGGAUCGUAUCAUGAAACCCUCACAAGGGCCCUGUGAGGCCACCCCACUGCUCAUAGACACAGAAGAGUCCCCCGUGUCCCCUCACACUCCAUUAUCUGCAUCCUUCCCCUCUGUGAUGCCACACCAUUUGGGAGCAGAGGCCUGGAGCGUUGAGAAGGCCUGGGCAGAUGGGAGGAUGCCACAGAUGGUUUCUCUGGUCACAGAGACAGUGAGGACAGCGUCCUGCACACCUGUGAACGUCGCAGUGACAGGGGACUCUGGCAAUGGCAUGUCCUCCUUCAUCAACGCACUGCGGGGCAUCGGGCACGAGGAGGAGGCCGCGGCUCCCACUGGGGUGGUGAGAACCACCCUCACUCGUGCCUCUUACUCAUCCUCCCAUUUUCCAAAUGUGCUGCUGUGGGACCUGCCCGGCACCGGGUCUACCACCCAAAGCCUGGAGAACUAUCAGCAGGAAAUGCAGUUCAGCCUGUAUGAUCUCUUCAUCAUCAUCACAUCUGAGCAGUUCAGCAUGAAUCAUGUGAGGCUUGCCAAGGCCAUCGAGCGCAUGGGAAAGAAGUUCUACGUGGUGUGGACAAAACUGGACAGGGACCUCAGCACGAGUGCCUUCAGGGAGGGAGAGCUCCAGCAGAAUAUCCGAGGAAAUAUCCUGGAAAAUCUCCAGAAGGAGCGGGUGUGUGAACCCCCCAUUUUCCUGGUUUCCAGCCUUGACCCUUCAUUGCACGACUUCCCAAAGCUUAGGGACACAUUGCAAAAGGACCUCACCUACCUCAGGUGCCGUGGUCCCCUACAGAACCUGUUCCGUACCUGUGAGAAGAUCAUUGAUGACAAAGUGACCUCCCUGCAGGAGAAAAUAGGCACAAAGUCUUUCCAGAACACCCUUGGCAUCAGGAAUGCAGAUAAUUUGGAAGAGUGUCUGAAAGCCUACCACUGGCACUUCGGGGUUGAUGAUGAAUCUCUCCAGUUGGUGGCACAGACAACAGGGACAGACUUUCCCGAGUACAAGGCCAUCAUGAAGUCCCAGGAUAUUCAGACUGUCAACAAAGCUAACUGGAAACUGACGCUCAUGAAUUUUUUUGUCUUUCGAGCAUUCCUCUGCCUUCUUAGCUGCAUCCCUUUCUUCGGUACAUUUGUCAUCCGUUCCUUCAGGCAGCUGAAACAAAAACAGCUCCUUGUGAUAGUUGCCGAGGACACCAAGAGCAUCUUGAGCAAAGUCCUGAAAGACUCCAUCCCACAUGAAAGCCACCUUGGGAAAAGUCCACCAGGCUCAUUUGCCAGUAUUCUCUUUUCAGUAGGGUUCAUUUUUCUCCUUUGGAAAUGAGAAAUAUUUAACUUAACUCUUUCUGCUUAUUUCUAAAGCUUAUAGAUUCCUUGAAAACAAUUAUGAAAAAUGCUCAUCCUUCUAGCAUUAAUCAGUGUUUGAGUAUUUGUUGAAAUCAUUACAGAUGUCUCCUUGGACCAUAAUGCAGAAAUUUUCUUUCAGUUAAAAAUGUCAUGUGUGUCCUCAUCAGUCUCUUUUAUUUCCUAAUGCAUUAAAGUUAACAUCAUUUUUCCUUAUUAAAGUCUUUUCAUUCACUCUU